AAUUUGUACACCUGGCCGGCCAACAAGCUAGCAGUCGACCCAGUUGCAUCCUUGCAUCAGACUCUGAAUCCUCUGUUCUUUGUCUGCGCAGAGUUUGCUGCUACCCGCAAUCGGUUUGAAGCCACUAACGAGUGCGUAAGUACGUACUACGUGUGAUACUAUGGAUCAGGAGAGCGGCUCCGGCGAGGUAUCCCGCCGCGUGCCGCGGCCCGUGCCGGGCAGCUACGGCGUCCCGUUCAUCUCGGCGAUCCGCGACCGCCUGGACUUCUACUACCUCCAGGGCCAGGACAAGUACUUCGAGUCCCGCGUGGACAAAUACGGCUCCACGGUGGUGCGCAUGAACGUGCCGCCGGGCCCCUUCAUGGCGCGCGACCCGCGCGUGGUGGCCGUGCUGGACGCCAAGAGCUUCCCCGUGCUCUUCGACGUGACCAAGGUGGAGAAGAAGAACCUCUUCACGGGCACCUACAUGCCGUCCACGUCCCUCACCGGCGGCCACCGCGUGUGCGCCUACCUGGACCCCUCGGAGCCCAACCACGGCAAGGUCAAGCAGCUGCUCUUCUCCCUCCUUGCGUCCCGCAAGGACGCCUUCAUCCCGGCCUUCCGGACACACUUCUCCUCGCUCCUCGCCACCGUGGAGUCGCAGCUCGUGCUGGCCGGGAAAUCCGACUUCAACGCGCUCAACGACGCCACCUCCUUCGAGUUCAUCGGGGACGCCUACUUCGGGGUGCGCCCCUCUGCAUCCGACCUGGGAACCACGGGGCCGACCAAGGCCGCAAAGUGGCUCAUCUGGCAGCUCCACCCGCUCGUCACGCUCGGGCUCCCCAUGAUCCUCGAGGAGCCGCUGCUCCACACGGUGCACCUCCCGCCCAUCCUCGUCAGCCGAGACUACAAGGCGCUGUACAAGUACUUCUCCGCCGCCGCCGGCCCGGCUCUCGACACCGCCGAGAGCCUCGGGCUGCCGCGUGAGGAAGCCUGCCACAACCUGCUCUUCGCGACCGUGUUCAACAGCUACGGCGGGCUCAAGGUGCUCCUCCCGGGUGUCCUGGCGCGCAUCGCGGGAGCCGGAGAGAAGUUCCACAAGAAGCUGGCCGCGGAGAUACGCGCGGCCGUGGAGGACGCCGGCGGGAAGGUCACCAUGGCGGCCGUGGAGAAGAUGGAGCUGACAAAGUCGGCCGUGUGGGAGGCGCUACGGCUGGACCCGCCCGUCAAGUUCCAGUACGGGCGCGCCAAGGCGGACCUGAGCAUCGAGAGCCACGACGACAAGGUGUUCGCGGUGAAGAAGGGGGAGAUGCUGUUCGGGUACCAGCCGUGCGCCACCAGGGACCCGCGGGUGUUCGGCGCCACGGCCAGGGAGUUCGUGGGCGAUAGGUUCGUGGGGGACGAAGGGAUGAAGCUGCUGCAGUACGUGUACUGGUCCAACGGGCGGGAGACCGAGAACCCCGGCGUGGGCGACAAGCAGUGCCCCGGGAAGAACCUCGUCGUGCUCGUCGGAAGGCUGCUGCUCGUCGAGCUCUUCCUCCGGUACGACACCUUCACUGCGGGCGCCGGCACCGACCUGCUCGGCACCAAGGUUGAGUUCACCGCUGUCACCAAGGCCACUUCCGGUCCGGAGGCUGCUUAAAAAAUUACCUGCACCGCCGCCGGGCACCGGCCAUGCAUGCAUCAGUGUACGUACGGCCGAACGGAUCAACGGCAUGCAGCAACUCCUUCCCACAGUCGUCCGAUCAAUCAUCACCGUCAGAAUUUCCCUUCUGUAUACGUCAGUCCCCUGCAUGCAUGCAUGCAUCUUCCUCGCUUGCUUUGCUCUUCCAUGCAUGCCGCCUGUUUGUGUGUGUAUCAGUGUAUGCACAUGCACGCUUAGCGUGCAUGGAUUGAUUCGUCGUCGCUCGUCUGGUUUACUUUUCUCUUGCUCCAAUGUAAUAAGAUUCUCUCUUAACGUGCAGUUGGAGAGAUUGACCAUUCGCAAUGUUGUUUGUUUACCGUUCUAGUGUAACGAUCGAAGGACCUGUAUGUACGUGUGGUCUUUAUAACUCAUGGAGAAAAAUACGCAA